AGAGAUCAUGGGCAGCUGUUGACUUCUGAAUUUGCCAUAAACAACAAGUACUUCACAACAGCCUGAACUCACUGCAUGGUGCACAGUGGAAGGGCCCCAACAUGGCCGCCCAUCGGAUCAGAGCCACCACCAACAACAAUGCCUCUCUCCCUCGCUGCAAGUCUGAGGGGACGCUCAUCGAUCUGAGCGACGGAGUGUCAGAAGCCACUCUUACAGAUGUAAAAGUGCCUUCUCCCAGUGCCUUGCGAUUGGAUGCCACCGCUUCCUUCGGCGCUGCCAGGGAAGUCAUCGCCAUUAAGGACUACUGUCCGUCCAGCUUCACCACCCUCAAGUUCUCCAAGGGCGACCGCCUCUACGUUCUGGACUCAUCAGGAGGAGAGUGGUGGUAUGCCCACAACAACACUGAGAUGGGUUACAUCCCUGCAGCGUACGUAGAGCCCAUCAACUACAGAGACUCGUCUUUCAGCGACAGCGGGAUGAUCGACAGCAUGGGAGACUGUAACGAGGAGGCAGCCAAAGAAAUGGACCUCUUGGGAGAGUGGGCGGGGGUGAUUCUGAAACCAACCACAUUCCAAAACGGAAAUCCUUUCUCAACAAAGCAUACCUCUACAAACCCUUUUCUGAAUGGGGGUCCUCAGAGUUCACUUGAUCAGAACAGUAAUGAGAAAUCAAUUGAUCUUCUUCUGUUUGAUACGCUCUCUCCGUCAGUGCCCAACUCCACCAGCAGCACUGCAGACAAUGGCUUUGGCAGUGGUCUUUUUCACUUUAACCCUCUAAGUCCCCCUGCGGGGGAAGGGCAAUCGUUUCGCAGGGACAACCCAUUCUUUCGAAGCAAACGUUCCUACAGUCUGUCUGAGCUGUCCAUCCUGCAGGCUCAGAGCGACCCUCAGGCGUCCACCGGUUUCUUUGGGGGCCUGAAAGCGCCAGCGCCAGAGCAGUUCCAGAGCAGGGAGGACUUUCGCACUGCUUGGCUCACUCACCGCAAGUUGGCCAGGUCCUGCCAUGAUCUGGAUUCUCUGGGUCAGAACCCAGGCUGGGGCCAAACGCAGCCUGUGGAGACCAACAUCGUCUGUCGGUUGGACAGCACGGGAGGUGCAGUCCAGCUUCCAGACACCCACAUCAGCAUCCACGUACCCGAGGGCCACGUGUUGCCGGGGGACACCCAACAAAUCUCAAUCAAAGCUCUGCUUGACCCGCCACUGGAGCUCAACAAUGAUCGCUGUACAACCGUCAGCCCUGUGGUGGAGAUCAAGCUUAGCAACAUGGAGACCAAAAGCACCAUCACCCUGGAGAUGAAGGUCUCAGUAGUCGUAAAAAUGGAGAGCAGGCAGACGACGGAAGUUCUCUGUGUGAGGAGUGAUUGUAAGGAUGGACCUUACACUCUCAUUCCUCAGGCCUACAUGUACGGGGACACAGUUCAGGUGUGCCUGGACAACCUGGAGCCAUGUAUGUAUGUGUGUGUGGUAGCCCAGGCCCAGUCCAUCCUUCCAAACUCCACAGUUUGGGAACACGUGGUUAAAAAGAUCACCUUAGGAGUGUAUGGUCCCAAACAUAUUCACCCGUCCUUCAAGACAGUUGUGGCCAUGUUUGGGCAUGACUGUGCCCCAAAGACACUGUUGGUGAGCGAGGUCGGUAAGCAGGGCCACGCUGCACCACCUGUCGCGCUUCAGCUUUGGGGAAAACACCAGUUUGUUUUGUCCAGACCGCAGGACCUGCGCGUGGGGGUUUACUCCAACAUGGCCAAUUACGAAGUAAAGGCCAGUGAGCAGGCCAGAGUGGUUCGGGGAUUCCAGGUUAAACUAGGCAAAGUGAGCCGGUUGGUCUACGUGAUUUCGUCACGCAACACCGAAGAUGUUUCCGAUUUCACCUUAAGAAUCCAAGUCAAAGACGACCAAGAUUGUAUACUGGCUCAGUUCUGUGUCCAGACGCCAACGCCGCCUCCCAAAGCAGGCCCAAAGACAUCAGCCCAAAGGCGUUUUCUGAAGAAAAAGGAAGUAGGAAAGAUUGUCUUGUCUCCUCUUGCAGUCGCCACCAAAUACCCUGUUUUCCAAGACAGGAGAAUAAACAACCUGAAAUUUGGAAAAUUAAUCAAAACUGUCAUCCGACAAACGAAAAAUCAGUACCUGCUCGAGUACAAAAAAGGAGACUUUGUGGCACUGCUGAGUGAGGAGAGGAUUAGGCUAAAGGGCCAGCUGUGGACAAAAGAGUGGUACAUUGGAUACUAUCAAGGUAAAAUGGGACUUGUUCAUGCCAAGAAUGUGCUGGUGGUCGGCAAAGUCAAGCCCAUUUACUUUAACGGGCCAGACCUUACGACCUCGUUGUUGCUGGAGCAGACACUGAAGCCCUGCAAGUUCCUCACCUACAUCUACGCCUCUGUAAGAACUAUACUGAUGGAAAACAUCGGCAACUGGCGAGCGUUCGCAGACGCCCUGGGAUACGUCAACCUGCCCCUGACACAUUUCUGCCGCGCCGAGCUGGACAGCGAGCCGGAGAGGGUCGCUUCGGUCCUGGAGAGACUGAAGGAGGACUGCAACAACGCAGAGAGCAAAGAGAGGAAGUCUUUCCAGAAAGAACUCCUGACGGCUCUGUUGAAGAUGGACUGUCAGGGCCUCGUGGCUAGGCUGGUCAUGGACUUUGUCCUCCUGACCACAGCCGUGGAAGUGGCCGGACGCUGGAGGGAGCUGGCCGAGAGGCUGGUCAAAGUCUCCCGCCAGCAGAUGGACGCUUACGAGGCCCCACACCGCGACAAGAACGGCGUGGUGGACAGCGAGGCCAUGUGGAAGCCGGCGUACGACUUCCUGGUCACGUGGGCCGCUCAGAUCGGCGACAGCUACCGAGACGUGAUCCAGGAGCUGCACAUGGGCCUGGACAAAAUGAAGAGCCCCAUCACCAAACGCUGGAAGCACCUGACCGGCACGCUCAUCCUGGUCAACUGCCUGGACGUGCUGCGGAGCUCCGCCUUCAGCCCCGCCGUUCAGGAGGACUACGCCAUCUGAGCUCUGGGCCCCUCUCACCUCACUCCCUUUGGAGCUUUUUGGAAAAAAACUAAAACAAAAAAAAAGCUGCUGCGUGGUCCCUCAGCUCUCCCAACUCUGCCCAACUGCCCCAGACUCCCAGCAGCUCCUGUCUUGCACAGUUCUGUAUUUUUAUACUUCGGUAGGCACAGCGAUUUUUUGUAAAGCGACAUUUUGAACCGUUUUGGUUAAGAACUGUGGAACGAACACUUAGACACUUUUUUCUCCCAAAAAGAAAACAACGGAUUUUUUUUUUUUUAGAUACGACUUCCUCGUCGCAUGUGUCAAACCUGUUCUAUUUAUUUGUAAAACAAGCCUCACCUUCUCCUCUCUCUUCAGGUUGUCCCUCACUCUGGUCCUCCUCAUUUCAGAGAGCCAAAAUUUCCUAGACGUUUUUAAUCCGGUUCAUUAAUACUGAAUCAACUGAUCAUCUUAGAGAAGAUUCACGGACUAAAUAAUUAAUUACCCGCAGAUGCAAACCAAUUUGCCGAAACAAAUGAGUCUCUUUCUUUUUUUUUACAUCUUCACUGCACGUAUAAAGUAAAAUAUUACUUUCAGGGCUAAACUGAACAGUUUCUGGUCACUGUCUGACUUUUUUUACGCUGGUAAGGAAAAACUCAGCACACAUGCACGAGAGAUGACUGCGCCACAAAUGAAAAAACGUCACUCCGACGCUUCGGUUGUUGUCAUGUGCAAACAGACAUCCAAAGAGCUGGAAAGCUUUUUUGGUUUCCAGGGGCACAAACGAGAGAGACGCAGAACCCACAACUAACGAGUUAAAGCAUUAAGAGUCUUUUUGCUAGAUUUACAAAAAGUGGUUAAAGCAUAUCUCUGUUCAAGUUUGAAUUAUUUGCUCAAAGAAAGUCAACUUUGACGUUGAAAAUACUGAGUUUUUGGCCUUGAAAGCAUAUAUAUAUAUAUAUAUAUAUAUGGGGCCAGAACCAACCAGCCUUCUUCUAUGUGGCACACUGUCAACAGCUUGGCCCAGCUGAGCUCGACUAGUGACAAGUGUGAAGUAUCUUUGAUGUCUGGUAGUUUUGGAGCUCAGUUUGCUGCCACUGAUAAUGUUAUUUGAGUCUUUUCACAGUGUGAUUUGUUAUAUCAAAUAUGGUCUAUAGAAAAAAAAAGAAAUCCCGCUAUUUGAUCAGAGAUAUAAAGACAGCUCUAAACCCUUUUUUUUCACCAAAUCAAGCCUAGUCCUCAGGAAAUUGUCACAAAAAGGAUCUUUAUUCUACUUUAAAGAACUUUGGAAGUCAAAGAUCUCUUUGUCUUCUGUCCACUCGCCGAAGUUCUCGUCUUUCCAGUCGUCGUGUUGAUGUUUUUAUUUGUAGCCUGGUCAUCUACAUGCAUGUGCUCCUUUGGCUCCAAGUGUUUUGAGCCCUCUCAGCCAUUGUACCUUUGAACGCGUUACAGCUGCUCCAGUUUGCUCCGCUGUCUCUCACCACUCUUAACAUCUCAUAUUUAUUCACACUCCCUGUGCAGAUUUAAGACUUAAGAAGUGAUCAGAAUAUCCUAAAGAAGCAAACAAACGGAAUCAAAGUUGAAUCCAUAACUGUGCGACAUCUCCUGCCUGUAUUUUCAUGGUUUGAUCAAAUAUAUGUUUUUUAACCAAAGCUUGCCAAAAACGAAUGGAGCUCUACUCAGAUUUCCAAAUGUUGAGACCACUGAAUGACACUGUCUGUCUAAGCUUCUGGCUGUUUUUGCGUCAGUACUGUAUAAUGUGGUAGUAUCGGCCUGAACGCCUUUUCUUGUGACCGCUUACUUUUGUGGAAAAGACUAAAUAAAAUGGAA